GACUUUGAGGUAUACCUCCUUAUCUUAAAUCUUCAAUGACAUAAAUUGAAGGCUAAAUUUAUUUUAUUUGCAAUAACUAAGGUUUGGUGAACGUGGUGCUCUGACGAAACGUGGUGUGAUUGUGUUCGGCUCUUGUGAUUGGCUGCUAGUCCUCAUUUCUUGAUCGCGCGAUCCAGCCAUCCAGUCCAAAUUGCGUAUUGUAGGUAUCCUGUUAGGUGAAAAGCCAGGCAGCGUUGUGAAUGUUCGUUUAAGCCCCAGAAGAAGUGUCUGUGACUCUGUGAUGAGAUUUUCAUUAUGGAAGACGACUAUAUUAUUCCUGAUACAUUUCUUCAGGAAGAUCUCCUAUCAUCCAUGAACUGGAAUGACAUUGACCUGGGAGACCUGAAUUCCUUGCAACUGGACCUGGAUGGGCAAGCACUGCAAACCUUGCCUGACUCUGACACCCAAUCAACCAACCACUCCUCGUUUAUUGAAGAAAUCAACGAUAACUCCUCACUGUCUGCGCAGGAGCAGCGAACGUCAACCUAUGCCAGUGACUCCGCUGUCAAUGUUUUUAAACCAGCACUUGGGGCAGAGUCAAUAUUGGACUCAAGUAAGUCAGGAUACUGGCAGCCCUCUCAGAACUCGGAGUCUGAGACCAAUAUUGUUUUGCCACAAGGUAGAUUACCAGUCUCACAAACUCAAACAUUUGCGCUGAGUGGGCACGCAUUGCCAAAUUCUCAUGAAAACCAAGGCUCAUCUGAUGGAGGUUCAUCCUUCUUCAACCCACAACCAGCAUCAAAUGGCAGUACGUUGCAAACUGUGCACAUCCUGCGCUCAAAUAAUCCAACCUUUUUCAAAGGUGUCCAGCCUGAUAAAGCCAUCAAUAAUCAAAGGUGCACUCAAAAUUUAAGUGUCAACCAUAACAUUGACUUGGCUGGCACUCCAGUGGGGCUGAUAAAUACGUCACAGCCAGCAGAGAAAAGUGGAGUUAUCAUAAAUCAGAAUAAUUCAGCAUCUCCUGCUAUGAAGCCUGCCACCGUCAAUUUGCUGUACACUGCGCCUGCAAAUAUGACAUCCAUUCAGUCCCCCAUGCCUGUUGGCACAACCAUCUUCACUGGCAUCUCCGUCAUGCUCGCCAACCCCACCAACACCGUCACUGGCGUCACUGACAGCUCCUUGAUUGCUGGCAACUUAUCGCCAAAUAAUAUUCUCAGUCUAUCCAACUCUUAUAACUCACAAGACCAAGGCAAACCUAUGAAGAAGAACACGCACAAUGAUAUUGAGAAGAGAUACAGGUGCUCCAUCAAUGACAAGAUCUUGGAGUUGAAGAACCUGGUGGCAGGGGAGGAGGCCAAGCUUCACAAGUCUCAGAUACUGAAGAAAGCAAUUGAGUACAUCCGCUUUCUGCUGAGCCAGAACAAGCGUCUGGCAGCCGAGCUCAACACCUACAAAAUGAAUGACAAGAACGCUGCUGUGUCAAGCGAGUGUGUCACUCAGCACCAUCACCUCUUGUCCAACUCUGACGCCAGAGCCUCUGAGCCUGUCUACUUCUCUUCAGACAUGGCCGUCCCUACAUCCAACCUCGUGCUGGGGGGGCGACGAGCUGGCUCAUGCCCUCAUGCCGGGGCUGGUGGCAUGAUUCCCCUCACUCCCCCCGAGUCAGUGGGCUCAUCCCCCGACACCACACCUCCUCACCUCCCGUCCUCACCAGACUCGGGGAACUCAUCUGACGUCCCCAGCAGGGAGGAGCGGCUGGGUCUGGGGGACAGGUCGCGGGUGCUGCUGUGCGUCCUCAUGCUGGGGGUGGUGGCCGAAUCACUCCUUAAGGAGGGUGGGGUCAGCAUGAUGUGGGGAUGGGGAGUCGCCCUGAACACCUUACUGCUGCUGUUGUUCCUGCUGCAACUGUUUGUGUAUGGGGAGCCCCUGGUGGGGGCCAAGACCCCCACAGGACAGGUGUUCUCCGCUCAUUGCAACACAGCGCGCGCACAUCAGAAGAAGGGAGGUCACAGCCAGGCGUGGGUGUCGUACUGCGCGGCGCUGGAGUCGGCGGGGCGACCGGUGCCCGAGUCAGCGCUCGAGCUGACGACGGGGCUAGCGUGGCAGCUCUGCCGCCUGUGGCUUGAUCUCUUCGGCAUACCCAAGUUCUUCUGCAGAUACUCAGGGGGCUUCUCCCUCACGCGUGAGGCUCGCAGCGACGGCCGCGACCACCUGCGCGCUGUGAGCGCGGUCUACCACGACCUGCAGCGCCUGCACCUCAUGGGCUACACCAAGACCUCCUCACACGCCCUCGGCCUCUACCUCGCCCUCGCCAACCUCAGCGUCACCGACCCCGCCUACGUCCCUGAGUGCGACGUGGCGGGGGUGCUAGUGACGUGCGCCUUGCGGGGCCGGGAGAGCCUGCCGUCGUGGUGCGCCGCGGUGGUGGUGCGCCUCCUGCUGGUGCGCGCCCGACGCUGUACCACCCUCACCCUUCCCCCAGCCCUCGCCUGGAUACUCCAUGACCCUGCUGGACAAAAGUACUCCUCUUGUAUUUAUUCAGAUGAUUGUAAUCGUAUAAUGUAUGAGGAGCGGCUGGGUCUGGGGGACAGGUCGCGGGUGCUGCUGUGCGUCCUCAUGCUGGGGGUGGUGGCCGUGAACCCCUGGGGGCUGGUGGGGCAGCUGGGGGCCUCCUCCACCCCCCUCACUUCCCCGCCCCACCACGACACCUCCCGCACCCUCAACUCCCUCACUUCGGAGUGCGACGUGGCGGGGGUGCUAGUGACGUGCGCCUUGCGGGGCCGGGAGAGCCUGCCGUCGUGGUGCGCCGCGGUGGUGGUGCGCCUCCUGCUGGUGCGCGCCCGACGCUGUACCACCCUCACCCUUCCCCCAGCCCUCGCCUGGAUACUCCAUGACCCUGCUGGACAAAAGUUCUUGGUGAGCCGCAAGUGGUGGUACGACAAGCAGCGCGGCUCCCUCUUCUCCCUCCUGCAGGAGAAGUGCGAUCCUCUUCUGUACCUGCACUCCUUGUACAGGGAGCACCUGCUGGAGCGCAGCGUGUGGACCCUCAUGAGCCCAGGUACGCGCGUGAGCGAGGACGGCUGCAGCGACGCCGCCCCUUUGGUGGACGAUGCCGCCCCUGGGGGCGUGGGAGGCAAGGGCGCCGUCACCAGGACGAGUGACGUGCUCCACUACACCGCCCUUGUGCUGGACGCCUCGCCUCCCCUCAAGGAUCCGUUGUCGUCGUGGUGGGCGGGGCUGCUGAGGGUUGGUUGCUGCUGGCUGCUGGGGGAGGACGCGGCGGCUGAAGAGACCUUCGCUGUGGUGAACGCAGCGCUGCCCGCCACCCACCACCCCCUGCCCAUCGCCGUCCUGCUCGCGUGCAGGGCGCGGCGGGAGUGCAAGCUGACGAGUGAAGCCAUCUCUGCUGACGGCGACUUCUGCAGGGCUGACGAGCGUGCGGCUGACGUGCUGACGCCUCAGGAAGUGCUGGACGCAUGCGACCGCGCGGGGCGGGCGCUAGGGCAGUCGGUGACCCUGACCUCCUGCUGCUCCCCCCCACAUCCCCCCCACAUCAUGCAGUGUGUGCAGGUAGUUGCGUGUGAGUGGCUGCUGGAGGGGCGGCGCGCCCUCUGGUCUGCGGGCGAGCAGGUCGCCGCUGCAGGAGGAGAUGGCUGGAGAGGCGCGACGCUGCAGCAGCUCAGGCGGGGCUUCCAGGCAGACCUCGCCACUCUCAGGAGCCUCAUCUCGCACGUCCCCGGUGUGCUGCAGCGCGUGUUCGUGCACGAGGCGGUGCAGCGCAUCAUGUCGGGGGCGUCCCCAGCUCGGACGCAGCAGCUCCUCGACCGCAGCCUCAAGUCUUACAACACCGCCUCCUCCGUGCUCUGUAGGAAAGAGCGUAGAGGUGGCGGAAGAGGAGAGCUAUACAGCGGGGAGAGGGAGCACGCGACAGCCCUCAUGCUUGCCUCCCAGUACCUCCCCAACCAGCUCCUGUCAUCCCCAGGGGAACGCGCCGGAAUGCUGUCGGAGGCGGCGGCGGCACUAAGCAAGAUUGAUGACAAGAAGGAUCUCCACCGCUGCUACUCCCUCAUCAGGGCGCUGUCGGGACCCAGUCCCGCUGUGUGCUGCNCCGCGAUAUGCCUGCCUCUCAGUUAG